AUGAACAUGAAUCCCUUCAAUUUCCGCAGAGGACAAUCCACAAUACUAACACGUCCACCCCCAGACCCCAAAAAGAUUUUCGCCCGCAUUACCCCCAACAACCACCACGCCAUCGCCCACUUCAACGACCUAAUCAAUAGAAUGCAACAUGGAGGCUAUCGCACGCAGCAGGAAUAUGUGGAUAUACACCGACAAAAGGUUCCUCUUGGAGUCGCCCUGGCGUACACCAAUGAUAACAGUUACGCGGAAUAUUCACACGGCGAGAUGCCAGAGCUCGCGUCUACGGUUUGGCGUGGAGAUUUCGUGUUCCAUCUCCAGCAACCUCUCAAAAAGCCUCGUUACAAAUGGUGCAUUGGUAGGAUUGCAGGUGACGAGAAAGGCGAUAGCCAGACCAGCGAAGCAGAGAUCUUACUCUGGGAUAAAUCCUACGCCAAGCACCAAGGCCAGCUCGCUGCCUCACUCUACUUCGACCGCAAAACCGGUAUAUUGACAGUCCAAAGCCGAUGCGAGGAGAACUCGUAUAGUGUGGUACUCGACGGCAGGGACAUAUCCUACGGCACGCGCUUUCUCAACCAGGGCCGCCAUACAUUCCGCUUCGGUCGCUGCUCAUACGUAUUCGAGUAUCAAAUUCUACGAAACCCGGCCUUCAAUGAAGUUGAAUACCUACACGACAAGAUCAGAUUUUUCUACGAAAAGCUCCACCUUCCGCCUCCAGUACCAACGACCUCGCCGAGUCCUGGAAUGGGAUAUCCGAAUGUAGGCAGAUGGAGGAUUCAUGGGCUGGUCGCGCGUGGGUCUUCCGGUGUUGUCAAGUCAGCUUCUCGCUCGCUUCCUAUGCAAUGUGCGGCCGCCAAGAUGAUUGUUCGGCGUAGCGGGCCUUCGGCGCAGCACAUUGCUGAAGAAGUGCUCAUAUCGAUGCACGUCCGCAGCCUGUUGAGGAAUAAAUUCUGUCCCUAUAUUAUGAGAUUCCGGGAAGUGCACUAUGCUCGGAAGUCAGUGAUAUGGGAUGGAAAGUGGCCGGAGGAAGUGCAUCUGAUAUACAGCCCGCUCUGUAACAUGAGUCUGCGGAAAAUUAUCCACGAAGGAGGUUUUUCGUAUGACAGCAGGAUAGGGAUACUGCAUGACGUUCUUUGUGGAUUGAAGUGGCUGCAUUCGAAUGAUCUUGUGCAUCGGGAUAUCAAGCCAGAGAAUAUUGGCAUUGAGCUGUAUCUAGAGCUGAAAGCUGUGAUUUUAGACUUUGGGUUCUUGUGCAAGGCUCACGGACAGCCGCUUCCACCGCAACCGUUCAAAAUUGGGACUCCGCAGUAUCUGGCGCCGGAAAUGCAACAGGUGCCAUACUGUGAAAAGGUCGACAUCUGGGCGGCCGGGCUCGUUGCGUACAAACUCUUGAUUAGCAGUGAGGUGCCGUGGCAACUAUGUGAUGGCAAUCCAUGGCACGAGGACAGGGACUGGGUGAAGCGAUACGAAGUUUUCAAUAAUGUCUGGAACAGUCUGGCGGACUAUAGGAGUUCCGAUAUCCAUGUGCUGAUUUCGCAGAUGUUGACAUUUGAUCCUGGUGAUCGAAUCAGUGCGGCGGAUGCCUGUCGACAUGCGUGCUUUGACUUUGAGGACAAGAGCGAGAGUGAGCGUGGUCAGCGCAAGAGGAAAGGCAGCGAGGCGGAGAAUCCUAGACGAAAGGGUAGAAUACAAAGACGGUGA